CCCACCCCUGUCACUAUGCUCAGCCAUUUUCAGCCCGCCUACUUUUUUCUUUCUUUGCUAGACUCACAAGAGAAUCAUCGGUCCUGUUUUAUUCUAACAAUUUUGGGCUGCGGACUUUUUUCUCCCGGAAGUUGGAAUGUGUAAAUAUUAUGAUUAGUGGACAGCAAUGAUUAGCGGAUGGAUGGAGCUGCUUCCUUUUGUGGCAGUUUCUGCCACAAUAUACCGUCCAUAUGUGACUCUGCGCUACUACGUGUCCUUCUCGUGACGUUGUCUCUUCUAUGUGCUGAUGUAGAAGCUCUCCAGGUGAUUGGUGGAAGUGUGACAGUGGAACAAGGAAGUACCGCUAUCUUAUCGUGCUAUGCCAUUGAUACCAAUGAUGACCUGACACAGAUUACCUGGCAGAGGAAGACGAGAGAAAAACCUCACAAUGACAAUUUCCUCACUAUCUUACCCAGAGAGGGAGCGCAGUUUGUCAAUGGAGGUGAUGAUCGAUUUAAAUAUAUCGGGAAUUUUAACAACAACAAUGGAACUCUCCAGUUUUCCAAUGUUGCCCUGAAGGAUGAAGGCAGCUACACGUGCAUCUUCACCUUGUUUCCCAGUGGAAAUCAAAAGACUGAGAUACCUCUAAACUUGCUUGUGCCUCCUUUCACAAACAUCAAGGACAAUCUUCCCACUUUGGGCACAGAAGAAGUUUUAUUUGCUACCUGCACGGCUGCUGGAUCGAAGCCUCCUGCAGAGGUGAGGUGGCUCACUGGUGCUUUGGGAGACAAAUUGAGGACAACAACAAACUCCACACAGCAUAACAACGGUACGACUACCACAGUCAGCUCUCUGUUUGGUGUUCCUACGAGAGAGAUUGAUGGUCACCAGGUCCAGUGUGUCAUUAGUGGUGACUCCCUGUCUAAAGAAGAAAGUCUGCCCUUCACCAUACAGAUCUACUUUUCUCCCACAGAAGUGAACAUUAGACUGAUUUCAGAGGACUCGUUCGAGUGUGUGACAGAAGCCAAACCAAAUGCAAACUUUACCUGGAGCAGAUCUGGCCAGACUUUGCUGGAGUCUUCUGUCAAAGUAGACGGUGCAAAGCUACAACUGCUGAGCCUGACCUCUGAUCUAAAUGGCCUCUAUCAGUGUGAAGCAUCUAACACAUAUGGGAGUAAGCGUGGUCAGCUCUAUGUGCAUGUGGCAUCAGGAGCGUGCUCUGCUGCAUGGGCCUUACUUGGUGUUUUGAUUUUCCUGAACAUCGUUGGGGCUGCAGUAUGGUACUUUUAUACACAUGAAGAUCAAAGGCAUAGGUUUAGACUUUUUUGGCGGCGUGUCCCAACAAAUCAACCAGCUGGUGACAGCGCAGAGCAGCAAGAACACCAUCAGAUGGAGCAAUCUCCCUGACAGCUGUGGAAGCAAAGGAUGGGCAAUAUCUGGACUGAAAGCUCGACCAACAUGACAUUCUCAAGUCAGCUGGUAAAUGAACAGAUGGAGAACCAGUGGACAUAAUUGGUGUUCGUUUAUCUCUCUGCCCCCUUUUUGUUUAUCAUCUCUUAGUUUUUAAUGAAGUUUAUUUAUAGCUUUCUUGUCACUACCACAGCUACAUACCAGCUCUGGCUAAUAUGAGUGGCAGUUUUUCUGUGACUGUUAACAGAAGGUGACUGUUCUUUCUGUUCUUCAUCUCCUGAUAACACAAGCCGUUAAGCUACUGAGGAUAUCAACCCACAGGGCUUCUAUUUAAAACAAUGUUAUCAGUGUUAUCAGUACACCGCAGAGACCAUAAGGUUCAGACAGCACAAACAGUCAAGCGAAGCACACCGUCUGAAUACCUUGUAAUUCCAACCAGUAAGAUUACCACAUAGUAUAUAAUACUUGAGUAAUACAGCCCCACCCUUGUUUGUACAUGGGGGCAAAAGCAGAUGUUUUGCUCGGAUAACCUAACAGAAAGCAACAUACAAGGAAAUUUGAAAGAGAAAAAAAAAUCUUUAAAAAGGUUAUAAUGAGACUUUGUUACUGUGUUGAAUCAUAGGGUUUUUGUUUGUUUUUUAAAAUUAAUUUUAAGAACAUUAAAGGUCUUCACCCUGCUGAAAUCUUUUCAUUUAACUGUAAAAAGUAACACGUUGCAGCAUUUUCCAGGAGAGUGCAGCUUUCCUGGAAAAUUUGGUUUCUCUCAUUAAUCAUUGAUCGUAAUCGGUGUAUUUACUUAGAUUAGAUGCUGCAGUCUUUGUGAACUGUCUCAUGUUUCCUGUUUUACUUUGACAGUCCCUGUCCUGUGUAAAUGUUUUCAGUUUUGCUUCCCCUUCGUCUCAUCAUGUUUGAUUACUCCCAGCUGUGCUCUCCUCCUUUGUCCCAUUCCCUCGUUAUCCCUCUGUGUAUUUAAGCCCUGUGUUUUCCUUGUUCUGUGUCGUGUUGUACCCUCAGUGUGCUGUGUUUUCCUCUCUCUGUUUCUGGUAGCAUUUCAGUUCUCUGUUCACAGUUUUGUUUCCUAGUUCCCUGGUUUUUCUAGUUAGUGCUUUGUGCUUUGAGUUUCUAGUUUUAGUUUCCUUGAAUUCAUAUUCAAGUUUCCAGCAGUAAAGCUGCUGCCUUUAGUUUGUCAUUCAGUCUCCAGCGUUUGAGUCCUACCUCCUGCCUGCCACACAGCACACCUUGACAACGUAUUGUUAUUAGUUUGCCCUUUGAUGUUAUCUUUCUAUUUUUCUUAUCUUCACUUCCUGUCAUAAUGUGCAGUGUGAGGAAUGAUUUAAAAAAGGAACUGUUAAGCAAAGUAAACAGUUAAAUUCAGGCACAGAUCCAAAGUAAGCAUAGGGUUAUUGAUACAGAAGUAAAAGCAAAGAUUUGUCCAGGUGUAGGAAAGAAGUAUUCCCUACGUCCCCCUUCAUGAAUCACCACCUUAUCACGGUGAAGGGGUUUGCGUGCCCUUCUGAUCCCAGGAGCUAUGUUGUCGGGGACAGUUUGUCCCUGGUAGGGUCUCCCUGGGCAAAUUGGUCAUGGGUAAAGGGCCAGACCAAGUGUGAUUCAAAAGAGUUUGAUGAUGAGAAGUUACUUAACAGAAUCUUGGUUACCAGGGCCCCUUCAUAAGGCCAAGCUUAGUCAAGGGGCUUUUUAUUAAAAACCUAUUAUUCAUGGGUCCUGGCUGACCCCAGUUACUCCAGUGAACCCAUCACCUGCUGGAGGGGCCAUAGUGGUCCAGUGUUAUGUGGAUCGGGGGCUAAAACUGGUUUGUGAUAUACGGUGAUAAUCAAGUGUUUCUUUUUGAGCAGUGUACUUUGUUGGCUAUCAUACAUAAUGAGAUGGAAAGGUUUUCUAAAAUGUCCACUCAGGCAAAACAAGCUUUGUUAACUCCAGCUGCUGUAGGUGGAGAGCAGUGACCAGUGUAUAAAGUCACACUUCAUACAUGGAUUUAUUAAAUUUACUGCUAAUUAUUAAACAUUCAUUGUUUUAUGGUUUGAUUUUUUCUCCACCAUAUUGGUCACUGACUGAAAUAUUAUGUUAUAGAUUAGAAGGUGGGUAUUUUGUUAGUGUAAUGCCAAGUUUUAAUUUUUUUUAAUGAACUUCCAUGUUUUCAUUAGUUAAGUGCAUAUUCUAAAUUAUUAUAAUUAAAUUCUGAGGUUGUUUUUUUUUUUAAUGUUCUAGUCUUGUUGACUCACAGUUUCUAUUGUCUCAGUGGUCAUGAUGGUACUUAUGUAGAUGUUUGAGUAUAAAACUUUACUUACAAUGUUUACAGUUUUAAACCAGUCAAGCAGACAUGUCAGCACUGCAGCUAUUAAUAAUAGCUAUUAAAACAAUACCUCUUUUUAUACUUUUUAGAAAGGUAUUCUGGUACUGCCUUAAGUUUUUGUUUUGGCUGCUUCACUUUUGUAAAAGGUUAAUUAGCAUAUUUAACAGCUGUUUAUAAACAAGCUUCUAAAGUCAUGUCAGUGAAACCCUCUGAUCAUCUGUUUUGUGUUGAAUUCAUUUGUGAACUACGAGUAUACAAACUUAAGACAGAAAGCAAAGUCAGCAAAAACAGAAUUUAUGAAAUGUGCAGUAAGGUCAAAGGUCACAUUAUUAUUUCAUGUUUUCACAGAUCUGUUGAUUUGCUGUUUGCAGUUCAGGAAAACUUAAGGUGUUUUCUUACAUUUAAUGUAAAUGACUCUGAAUUGGAUGGUGGCUGGUUGGAGGGCAUACUGUAUGUAUUAUUACAUGUUACCUACCUUCAGUACCACAAGGGAACCACAGCAGCAUGUUGUUUUAUUUUUAUUUUAGGAUAGAAACUGCUGACUCAUUUUGUCUGGAUCUUGUUGCUGAAUCUGUGUUUAGAUUUAGUAAUGGAUAUAAAGAUAUUUUUUGCCUUUUACCUGCUUACCUCAGUAUGGUAAAUUCAGUUACAUAAAUUUUAAUCCUUGUUAGCGUUAGCAAUGCUUGCGUCUGUAUUUUAACUCUACACUUUAUAUUAUUUAUCAAGUUUUUGUUCUUUUCUUUAAACCUAACAAUGAAGACAUAACACUUUCAAUUUUUUAAACCUUUUGAGAAAGUAAGAUCAGUAAAAAUGUUUUAAUUUUUAACGUAUAUCCAUCCACUGCACAUGAUAACAGUGGUUCUCAAGCUGUGGAACAUGGCCCAGCUGGUGAAGCAUCAUCGGCAAAAAAAGUUUUUGAUUGUUUUUUGUUGUUUUUGUAAAGGCCAUUAAAAAACAAGAGCCUGUUGCUCUUAAUGUCAACUUUUAACUAAAAUUAAUCUUGUACUUUUUUGAUUUGUUAAUGACUGUUUAAUUACUUAACUAAUUACAAACUCCUUGGUGUGGGCACAAAACAUUUUUCUUAAUUAUUUAUUUUUUCAUUUGUACAUUUGGCAUGUCAGAAAGUUUGAGAACCAACUAUUUAUGACCAUUAUUUAUUAUUAUUUUUUAAUACCUUAUAGCCUAUACUGGUGCCUCAAAUGGCUGAAGAAGUUUUACAUUUAUUUCAUUUUUUGUGUUGUUUUGCUCUUUUUGUAGUUUUAGAUCUGUUACAGUGUUUGAUUUACAUUUUUGUUUUUUAUUUUAUUAUUUUGCAGAAAAUGUCAAAACUGCAGUGUGUUUUCUAAUCAUUAUUAUGUUGUUGUUACAUUACAUACAAGUUUUCAUUAAAUUUAAAUAAACAUUAUUAAUAUAAAUUCCUCUUCCUCCCUACACACAUUUAUACUGCCUAUAUAACACGUACAACUCAUAUCAUCCCUUAUUUCUUAUGAUUCAUGUUGGUUAUGCAGUCAUGUAGAUGGAAAUUUUAUUGUAAUUUCUAUUCUGGUUGAGUUGACUCAUUGUAGCUUUGGUGGAUACAUGUUUGACCAGAAGAACCAAGUGAUUCACUGAUUGUAUACAUCAAAUAAAAUGUCCCAGAAAUGCCAAUGCUGGAGAUGGAGGAGUAACAUAGCAUUGCUCCAGUGCAAACAAAGCCCUUUUAGAAACUUUAAAAUCCAGCCUUGAACUGCUGUGUUGUUUUGAGACUUUGUAAAAUAAAUGUAUUUAACAACUUUGAA